AAGACUAGAGGGAAGGCAGUUCGUCAUCACCACCUACCAUCAACUCUUGGAUUACUCUUUUACCAACAACUAGUAGGAUUAUAAUGUCCCAAUAGUUGAAAGGGUGAGCAUGUUUAGUGGGAAGGUGAAUCGAACGUGUGACCUACAGGUUGCGAGUCGAGAGCCCUAAUCACCUGGCCAUGCUAGGCUAUUUGUUAGGAAAAUCAGUAGAGUGCCAUCAAGUUAAUGCUCUGUUGCUAAUAGUAAAUUUAAGUCACUCAGGCCACCCAGAAAGUGCUCUGGUAUUGUAAUAUGCCAUUUUUUUCUUUUGGUAAUAUAUUUAUAGACAUUGAUUACAAGUAAAAUGAGGUAAUUAUCUUUAUAUAAAUCGCUAGUUGGGCACCUCAUUUAGAAUAUUAUGUACAUUUGAUUUCCGUAUCUAACAAAGGAUAUUGACUUACUAGAAAGGAUUAAGAGGCUGGCUACUAUUGUGGUAUAUCAAGGUAAAAAUGAACUAGCCUUAGAGCCAUAUUGGAUAGAUCCACCAGUAUCGAUUAUUUAGUGGUACUAAAUCUCUUACUGAGUUGAUGUAAAAUGAAAUAACAAGACUGGACAUGAAGUGUAAAACAGAAAUGCGCAAUUUUUAUUAUUAAAAUGAAACACUGUGUGUGCUUACUGUUUACUUACACUGGACAUUGACUUUUACUGGCUCUUCCUACCAUUUCCUACCACGCUGUUUAAAUGCAACAUUCUUUAGUUCUCAAGAAACCUUGCAUUUGUCCAUAGCAACAUGUACUACCAAUGUGAUUUGUUAUUCUAAUUACAACUUAGACAACCUUUAGACAUUGCCUGAUCAACCGUUGAAGGACAUUGCUGUUGAAAUCAUUACAAAAUGGGUCGAGUUAAACAAUAUUUUCUCCAUGUGGUAAGGGGUAUUAUCUGCUCUUGGGAACAACAAAGAAACAAGGAGAAAUCAAACUUGAAACAAGAUCAACUUAAUGGUUUUCUUGACCACAUGUUAUGUGAACCUUGCACAUAUUCAAAACAAAGAAGAAAUUCAGAAUAAAUAGUGUAAUACAACAUAAAGAUAGAAACAUGUGGCAUAUUCAUAUGCCACACUAGGAUGAUUGCAGGGAUAGAAGAGUUAUCUUGUAAAGAUAUGUUAAGAUCACUUGUAAGGUGAAAGAAUCUGCACCCAGCAUCACAUCAAGUUGGCUUAUAGUUGAGAUUGUGUCUUUUUCUAUAUAAAAGACAAGAAAAACAAAAUGCUUUUACCAGUCUAAGAGAGUAGACUAGCCAGUCUGUUUGAAUCUUUAAUCCAUUGGAUAGCAUUUUGUGGUACAAAGCUGAUUGAGAAGAACAGCCUUUUGAGUCCUUUCUGAACUCAUAUGCACCUCCUCUGUCAGGCUGGUGAGGUCCAAAUCCAUCAUUUUCCAAACAAGUUCAACAAUCAAAGGUUUAUCAGAUAAAAUGGCAGGAUCAGAAGGGAAAAGUGCCCCUAGCGCUAGUUGUUGGAGUUUCAAUUAUACUGCCGGUUACACCAAAUUUAUUUAGUGGAAGAUUUGCAGUGGCGAGUGGAGCUCACAAGUUGCUAACUCGAGAGUCCUAAUGUCCCAUGACAGUUUAAAGGAGGUCAAUAUUGAAAUACAUCGUUUUACCAAAAACCCUUCGAAGGCAUGGAAAGAACUGAGAAAAUUCCAGGUUGUUCAAAAAGUUCAGCCUAUACCACUCAGUUUUCCAGUCAGCCCAAACAAAGUUCGUUUUGUAUGCAUGUCUGACACACAUUCUUUCACGUCAUUUAAGAAAUGGCCUAUUCCUUCUGGUGAUGUAUUCAUUCAUGCUGGAGACUUUACAAAAUUCGGGAUGGUGGACGAAGUAAAGGAAUUUAACAAAUUUUUGGGGACUCUACCUCACACAUACAAGAUAGUUAUUGCUGGUAACCAUGAAUUUAUAUUUGAUCCUUCCAAGUGUGAUACUGGAAAUCUUCAGUUUGACUACAACCAAUGUUCAAAAUAUAAAAAUAACAAGCCACAGAAUAUGCUUACUAACUGUAUUUACCUUGAGGAUUCUGCAGUUGAAAUUCAUGGACUGAAAGUUUAUGGAUCUCCUUGGCAACCAUUGUUCAGAUAUGGAGCUUUCAAUCUUCCCAGAGGAAAAGCAUGUUUGGAAAAGUGGAAUCAAAUACCAACUGAUGUGGAUGUUCUUGUCACUCAUUCUCCACCUGUUGGUCAUGGUGAUUUUUGUCUAAUAGGUGUGCAUGCUGGCUGUGUAGAACUUCUAAACACUGUGCAAAAUCGUGUGAAACCCAAAUAUCAUGUUUUUGGCCACAUUCAUGAAGGAUAUGGCAUCACAACAGAUGAUAAAACAGUCUUUGUCAACUGCUCAACAUGCAACUCCAGUUAUAUACCCAUCAAUCCACCCAUUAUAUUUGAUAUUUCACUACCUCCAGGCCACAGUAAAAUUUGAAACUUUUGGCAAAUAUUGUUCAACUAUCAUGAAAUAUUAAAAUAUUUGAGUUUUAUUUGAAACUUUUACCAA